GAAGAGCAUGCACAACUUAAAUUUAGUUCAAACACGUGGCAAGCUUUAUCUCUACCACCAUAUAUUGGCUUGCAUGGUGUGUUUCUGGUCAAAUAUGAGCAAGCUGUAACACACAAACAAGAGAAAUGGAUCAGCUAAUUUAAACAGAUAUAUUGGCAAGCAUAUACAGUGUGCUUUCCUAUACAAGUGGAUAGUUCUAAAAGUGUUCCUGACCCUGACGGUGUGGACGCAGAGGAUGCUGGGAUGCAAGGGAUCAUCUGGGACGGGGAUGAGGUAUAAGUUGACUCUGGCUACAGGACUGCUGGAGUGCUUGUGUUUCGCUGGAGUCGUGUUUGGCUGGGCGUCUCUCGUGUUUGUCCUGAAGACAGAUGGCUACUUCAGCGAUCUAUGCAUCAAUGUGACAGAUGCUAGUGGAGAACUUGGCUCAGAUUGCAGUCUGCAAGAUGAGAAUCUCUCAUUGGUCUUUACUGUGGCCUCGUUCAUGAACAACUUUCUCACUCUGCCCAACGGAUUUGUCUACGACCACUUUGGCACGAUGGCAACGCGACUUUUGGCUAUAUUUCUUUAUAGCACCGGCACUUUUAUUGUGGCAUUCUCCAAUAAAGUUCUCUCCGUUUUGCUUUUUCCUGCUCUGUCCUUCAUAGCUGUAGGGGGGAUUUUAUUUCUAAUGACAAAUAUGCAGGUGGGGAACCUUUUUGUCACUCAUAGAUCAACCAUUAUUACAGUCUAUAAUGGGGCCUUUGACUCUUCAUCAGUUAUCUUUCUGAUCAUUAAGGUGCUUUAUGAGAAAGGGGUCUCUCUUCGCUCUUCAUUCCUCUUCCUCUCGACCUGUAAUCUUAUUCAUCUUCUCCGGACACUCUUCCUUAUGCCAACAUCACACAUUCCCUAUCCCAUCCCAGAGGACUACAAAUAUGGGAUGAGCUGUGCUAAAUCAAAUAGCUACAACGUUGAGCAGUACGAGGCAAAGCAGGACCCGAGUUCAGACAGAGGAAGAGGUGCAGAUGAUGAGCCACUGGAGAACGACUCACUACAGCAAACACACAACUCUGAGAAAGACAGUUUUAGGAGCUGUGUUCUGUCCUGGUUCUUCCUGUGGCACCUCAUAUGGCUGUCAGUCAUGCAGCUUCGGCAUUAUUUCUUCAUUGGAACUCUGAAUCCAAUGCUGAACAGACUGGCCAACCAAGACCCAGUCAUUGUGAGUGAGUACACCAAUGCGUUUGCUUUCACCCAGCUCUGUGGAGUUCUCUGUGCUCCCUGGAAUGGCCUGCUUAUGGACAGGCACAAAAGAAACCCCCUAGGUCCAGGUCAGCUGACAGAGAAAUCUGAAGAUCUGACUUCUAACAACGCACGUUUACACGAGAUCCAUUUCUUACUCCCAGAUCUUUUUGCAGGCGUGUCCGAACGAGAAGCAGACCUGCACUCGUCCGUUCUGUCUCUCCUCCUCACCUCUCUGCAGUGCCUCUUGUUCUCCAUCAGUGCAAGCAUUCCGUUCCUCCCUCUCCAGUACGUCACAUUCAUCCUUCAGGUCCUUAACCGCUCUUUUCUCUAUGGAGGGAACGCUGCAUUCAUCAGCAUAGCGUUUCCGGCCCGCCAUUUUGGAAAGCUGUAUGGGCUAGUGAUGUCCCUAUCAGCUGUGGUGUCAUUGCUGCAGUAUCCCUGCUUCGCCCUCAACAAAGUUCUUGGAGGAGACCCCUUCUAUGUGAACGUCAUCUUGACUGUCCUGACUCUACUGGCCUUCAUUCACCCGGUCUAUGUGUUUCUUCACUGCAGAGAACUGGCAAAACAGAGAGAGAAUUCACAGAGCAUUUUAGAAGUCUCGAUACAUGAAGUAUCAAUGUAUUAAUUUAAAUUAGUUCAAAUACUUGAUUAUGCAGAGAUCUGUCUUGGCCUUAGCUUUUGUAAAUGACAAAGGGAAUAGUAAUUACGCAUUGUGAUUAUUGUGUAUUCACAACUUUUUACCACCAAGAUUCAAAUGCUCAGAAAUGAGAGUUAACAGUCAGAGGUUUAAACGAAUUCCAUUUAAUUGAAUUAGUUAUUGAAUAUUUACAAUCGUUAUGAAUACAGAAAUAACAAUAAAAAUAUUAAAAUAUGUUUUUUAUAGUUCAGUGCUGUUGGCAAGAACAGUUCGGAAAACAAAAACAAAAAAACAUCGGUUUAAACACAAACAUAUGCAAAGGGAGAUCACAUGGGUGUCAGAAACAGGUUCUUACAAGGGAUCUCCAUGGCAAUUGUGUUCAAUAAUUCCAGACUCUUCCGGAGUUGUAUGAUAACCAGUUUUGCAUGCUAAUAUCCUGUUGUUCCCACAGGGAAAGCAUAACAAAGCCCUAAAAGCAUCAUACAGGAACUCUAGACCCAUUAGCCAGUGGUUUACUUUCCAAAACACACAUAAUACUGAUUUAUAUCUGCCUUUGCAUUGUCAGUCCACAAUGACCAUGUACAUCUUGUAUACAAAUGUCAGUAGUUAAAAUUAAUUUUUCAUAGCAUGCUUUUAUAGAUAAUGUGUGCUACAGACUGUGGUCCCCUUACAAUUCUGAACAGAGGAAACCUCUUUAAUAAAUUAGUUAAGUUGU